UCAAAGUGCAGUUUCUCUGAUUUCUGUCAUAAAAAGGAACAUCUCUCUUUGACCCGUCUGUGUUUCUCUGUCUGCUCUUCAACCAGGAGAAGUUCACAAUGAUGAUGCGUGCAGCCGUGGGUCUCUGGGUCCUAUCAGCAGUGAUCUGCGUGGGCAGUUUUAUUCCCAGCAACAACUGGCCCAACAGCGUCUCCCUGGUGAACGAAGCAAACCAAAGGUUUUCCUUCCGACUCUACAGGAAGUUAGCAGCUGAUGCUGACUCACAGGGAAAGAAUAUCUUCUUCUCCCCGUUUUGUGUGUCGACCGCCUUGGCUGCGUUGUCCGUGGGAGCGCAGGGGGAGACUCACCGUCAGCUUUUCAGUGGUCUUGCUUUCAGUAGCUCCCUGACUCAGACAGAUGUGGACCAGGCCUUCCAGACGUUCCUCCAGAGGGCCAACAACACAUCUCAGGAGGACACCAGCGAAGGGACCGCCGUGUUCGUGGACAACGGCUUCAAGCCAAAGCCGGAGUUCCUGCAGACCCUGAAGCAGUCGUACUUCACAGAUGGGUUCAAUGUGGACUUCAGCCAAGCCACAGAAAGUGCUGAUACCAUCAAUAAGUACGUGGAGGAGAAGACCAACGGGAAGAUUGACAAGCUGGUGGAAAACCUGGAUCCAAACACAGUCCUGUAUCUCAUCAGCUACAUCUACUACAAAGGAAAGUGGGCGACUCCGUUUCACCCUAAGCUCACCAAGCAGGACGACUUCAACGUGGACAAGAACACCAAGGUUCAAGUCCUCAUGAUGAAUCUGGAGGAUAGUUUCAACACCUAUCACGAUCUCAUGCUGAACACGAUGGUCCUUCAGCUCCCCUUCACCGGCUCCUACUCCAUGCUGCUGAUGUUGCCUGACGCCAUGGCAACACUGGAGUUCACCCUUGGCCCAAACCGUGUCAUCAAAUGGUUGCAGUGGAUGAGACCCAGGAGAUAUAAUAUAUAUAUUCCAAAGUUCUCCAUCAAGACUUCCUAUAACCUGAAUGAUGUGCUGUCAGAAAUGGGAAUGACAGACAUGUUUGGUGAGCGUGCAAAUUUCAGAUGCAUUUCAGAGGAGCAAGGACUGGCAGUCUCAGAAGUUGUGCACCAAGCUACGCUGGACGUGGACGAGAUCGGAGCCACCGCUGCUGCCGCCACAGGCAUCGGCAUCGUAACGACUGCGAUCUGGGACCCUGUCCCUGUGUUGAAGUUCAAUCGUCCAUUUAUGGUCAUCAUCAUUGAACGUAAUACGGAGGAAAUCCUCUUCAUGGGCAAGAUUAUCAACCCAACCAUCUGAUGGAUCAGCACAGCUGUUGCAUCUCAUAUAAAGGAGUCAGAAAAACUUUUGUUUCUUUUCUACUGCUUUAUUGAGAGUGUAAACAGUUUUUAUAUAAUGAUCUUUGAAGGUAAAAUUAUGUACAGAUAAAAUAUGAUCAAUUUAAACCAUAAGCAUUUGGUAUUCAUUUAUAAUGGAUCAGAUUUUAAAAAUACAAUAGAGCUCCACAGUGACCGCCCACUUUUUGAACCUCUGGUUCUAGCAGCGGUGGCAGAAGUAAUUAAAAUCCUUUACUUAAGUAAAAGUACUACUUCCAUACUGUAAAAGGACAAGUCCUGCAUUGAAAAUGUUACUUGAGUAAAAGUCUGUAAGUAUCAUCAGGAAAAUGUACUUAAAGUAUAAAAAUAAAAGUACUUGAUGCAGAAAAGUCUUCUCAUUUUGGAAACUGCAAACAGUUGACACACAAGCAAAGAGCCAGGCUGUAAUGUGUACAGGCAGUGGCGCUGCUAGCCAUUUUGGUGCCCUAAGCAUAAUUCCUUUAUGAUGCCCCCACCACCACCACCCCCACCCUGAGGAAACACAGUACACAGAACUGGCAAAACAUACAUAGACACAACUAUUGGGAUGUGCAAAAUCUUUGUAGAAAUAAAGUAAUCAUCCAUAAAUACAAACAUAAAAGCAGAAGUAUAACAGUUAGCAAUCUCCUUCAAUUAAGCAAAGAUUUAGAAGCAGAAAAGUCACACAAUUUUACUUUACUUUGUAAGCACACUAUGUAGAAGAGCUAAAACACACACAUUCAAGUAUAGAGAAGUGCAUAAUAUUAUCAAAAUAAAUCAAAGAUUUUCCAAAAUCAAUCAAAUCUAAUCAAAUUGGUAGUGUUGUGGAGUCUACAGACCUGCUGGGGUUGAUGUGUGCCAGAACUGCUUGUAGAUGGUUGCUGGUCAUCUGUAUCUUCCUCUUGGCCACGUGCUCCUCCUUGUACGUAUCUCAGCAUUGACCCUGCAUUCAUUUAGAAAUAUGUAGAAAAAGGACCAGUAUAGAAAGAGACAAAAUAUUCAAAUAAAGAAUCUUAUACCAAAAAAAAUGUAUAAACAUUUAAAACUGAAAGCAUGCAGCCAAGGAGCUCUCCCCGUUUAUUAUUUAUUUAUCAACUAUUUAAUCAAUGUAAUCUAAUAUACAAGCAUAAUAGAAUGAGUUGCAAUAUUGCACACAAUUCAACAAUGUUUGCUUUAUAUCAUUCAUAAUGACAUUUUAUAUUUAUAUCUUACCUACAGGAAUAAAAGCAAAAUCGGUCCGUGUACUUUUUCGUUCAUUCAAUUUCAUUUCAUAAACAGGUAUUGAAAAACA